UGUGAUUCGGGGAUAAUAACCCCUGUGUCCCGUUCUGAGAGGAUGGAGUCCUUUAUGUCAGCAGAGCGAUUUGAGCCGCCUGCAUGGCCAGAGCAAGAGGUGGACGUCUUUCUGGGUGCGCAUUGUGGGCUGGAAACAAACAUUAUCUUAUCGGGGGAACUGGUGAGAUGGCCCUGGUGAUAAGCGCCCCUUUGUGGCAUGCCUGGUUUAUCUCUUCCCCUCCGUGCCAUGCGUUGACCCCAUGCUCCAUAAGACAGAGAGCUUGAGAGGUGACCUGUGUGUGGCAGGAAGCGAUAAGAGAGGUUGGUCUAACUUAGGUUGGACGCACGCUUCUGAGAAGCCAGCUGGAGCUUAUGUUGUUCCUGUGGUUCGUUAUGCUCACUGUCAAGAAUUUCUGCCUUAUUUCCAGUCUGAACUGGGCUAGCUUCAGCCUCCAGCCGCUGGAUUGUGUUAGACCUUUGUCUGCUAGACUGAGGAGCCCGCGAUCACACGUCUGUUCCCCAUGGAGGGCCUGCCUUGGGCUUUAUAAAACUGCCCAGGCCGAUGUGAUUGAGAGGAAUCAGACAGAGAGCCAGCUGAAGCCCCUCAGUGAAUUAUUCAGGGCUCAGAUGCCAGGAUGUCCCCUGAGAAGGUCACCCUCCUGCUUUUCACUGUGGCUUGGGCGCUGCAUACUGGAACCUCAGCGCGUUGCUGUCUUAGCCUACACUUUGGAAGAGCUGCCACUCUAUGAAUCAUUCAACGUGGCAACCAGAACGGCAUGGAAGAGCCCCCAGGCAUAUGCCAGCUUUGCCUUCAAGUCCUUGCAUUUCCUCCUGACCCAGGUGGCCAAGAAGUUAAGAACCAAGGAGCCUAGUUCUGCCAAAAUCUACCGAGGAACCAAGGUGAAGUUCUCCAUCGAGGGUUUGUUCCGCUUCGGCCAGUUCACGUCCACCUCCAAGAAGAGGCAGGAGGCGGAGGAAUUUGGACGC